AUGGUGCGGCCGGCGGGGUGGCGCUGGCGCGGCUCUGGCGCCCGCAGCGUCCACGCCAAGGCGGACGCGGCCGCGGUGGAGGAGGCCGUGCGGGCCCAGCUCCAGAGGCUGCAGGGGGAGGACAGCGUCCUGCUGGAGGCCCUGGUGCCCACGGCCAACCUGCCGGUGCCCGCCAGCCCCRCGGGCAGCAGCGCGGAGAGGCCGCCCGUGGCGCUGCGCAUCUGCACCCUGCUCUGCAGGUCCUGGGGCGACCGCCCCCAGCUCUGCCAGGUACACCCCCCCAGCGCCCACCUGCAGGCUCCGCCCCCGCGCGGGCAGCCAAUCAGAGUGGCGCUGCUGCCUGCGGGCUCCGCCCCUGGGGGCGUCGACUUCGUGCUGAGCGGCGCGGGCGGCGCGCUGGAGCUCGUGGCGCUCUCGGCCAACGCGCUGCGCUGCCUCGAGACGUGCUGGCUGGCCGAGGCCAUGGGGCGCGCCGUGGGGCAGCCCGCCGGCGACCUGGCGUUGCAGCUGGCCGAGCUCAUGCUGCACCGGGCGCAGUGCCACCUGCUCGAGGGCAAGGAGAUCCUGCUCAUCGCGGCGGGCGGCGUCAGCAAGAGCUUCGUCUGGGACGUGGUGCGCGACUACCGCCUCAAGAUCCACCUGGUGGAGGCCGACCCGGAGCACUUUGCGGCGGGGCUGGUGGAGACCUUCCUGCGCUACGACAGCACGGAGCACCGGCGCGACGAGGAGCACGCCGAGCGCGUGGCGGAGAUGGUGCGGGCACGCGGGCUGCGCCCCCACGGCUGCCUCUGCUACUGGGACGACUGCGUGGUGCUGGCGGCGCUGGUGUGCCAGCGCCUGGGGCUGCGCACCAGCCCGCCCGCCGCCGUGCGCCUCGCCAAGCAGAAGAGCCGGACGCACCAGCACCUGCUGCGGUGCCGCCGCGGGCGCCCGCCGCCCGCCGCCUACGCCGUGCCCUGCUGCCACGUGGAGAGCCACGCGGACGUGGAGCGCGCCGCCGGCGCGCUGCCCUUCCCGGCCGUGGCCAAGCUGGAGUACGGCGCGGGCGCCGUGGGCGUGCGGCUGGUGCGCAGCGCCGGCGAGUGGCACGCGCACGCCGAGCGCCUCUGGCGCGACCUGCGCUCCGACGCCGACCACCCGGGCAUCGGGCUGGGCUGGGGCAACUCCCUGCUGCUCAUGGAGUACGUGCCGGGCACCGAGCACGACGUGGACCUGGUGGUGUUCGAGGGCGAGCUGCUGGGCGCCUGGGUGUCCGACAACGGCCCCACGCGCGUGCCCGCCUUCGUGGAGACGGCGGCGUGCCUGCCCUCGUGCCUGCCGCCCGACCGGCAGGCGCAGCUCGUGCGCGCCGCCCACCAGUGCUGCGUGGCGUGCGGCCUCCUCGACGGCGUCUUCAACGUGGAGCUCAAGCUGGGCCCCGGCGGGCCGCGCCUGCUCGAGAUCAACCCGCGCAUGGGCGGCUUCUACCUGCGCGACUGGAUCCGCGAGGUCUACGGCGCCGACCUGCUGCUGGCCGCGCUCAUGGUGGCCUGCGGGCUGCGGCCCGUGCUGCCGCGCCGGCCCGUGGCGCGCGCGCACGUGGCCGGCCAACACUGCGACCUACAGUCACACACUGCCUGGGUACCCCCACUGCCCUGCAGCCACGCUGCGACCUACAGCCGCACACAGGCUGUGUACCCCCACUGCGACCUACAGCCGCAUACUGCCUGGGUACCCCCACUGCGACCUACAGUCACACACUGCCUGUGUACCCCCACUGCCCUGCAGCAACACUGUGACCUACAGUAG